AUGUCACGCUUCGCUGGCAAGAAAGGCAAGCGCGGCCCCGGCGCCGAGUUUACUUGGGACACCGACCCUGGCGGCGAGCCGGACACUGCUCCGACUCCCCUCUACCCAGCAUAUGUCGUUCCCUACGCCCGAAAAAUCAGCACCAAAGAGCAGAUCGCGGUAGACAAGUACCGGCAGUUGCGCGAGGCUCACCAUGAAGGACCUUACUACUCUGUGAUCGAUGCUUCUGCCUCGAGUGCCAAGAAGGGCAGUGCUGCCCGCGCCAACUUUGACCCUUUUACGGGCAUGCCAUCUUAUUCCGGACGGUACCAGAAGAAACAUCGAACUAUUCCCAAGAUCUCUGGUGUCGGUCGUGAUUAUGAAACACGAUUCUUUCCUCGCGAGCUCUGGCAGAUCAUCCAGCCGAACUUCCGACCCGACGCCUCAUUAGACGGCUACCAGGCCCAAACCAACGCUGUCAGCAACAAGCGUGGAUUUGAAGACGAGGAAGACGAGGAAGAUGCCGCGGCCAAGCGACGUGCCACUGGCGGCAACGAGGAUGAAGGUGAUGAUGACCAGAAUGAGGGAGGGUUGUUGGAUGGCGACGAAGAUGCGCUUGAAUCAAUUGCAGAUGAUGACUUCCAGGACGAUGAUGAUGAGAUGGGUGGUGACUACGAUGCUGAACAGUACUUCGACGACGGCGGGGACGACUAUGGAGAUGAUGGUGAUGGCGGUGGUGGUGACGAGGAAGCUUACUGA